AUGUACACUCUUGGAAUUUUUUACUAUUUCCUUCAAUCUUUGCUUCAAGAAAAAGGAAAUAUNGCACUUCCAUCGUCUAGCCUCCGCGACGCGUGUGCACGUGCUCGCAGCUGCGCGUACUCGCCGCGGCUGCAAUUCAGGGCCUUGGAACUCAGCGUCAGUGUUUCUCUCGAUCGUUUGCCGACGGCCAAAACCCUAGAUGAGCCGCCUAUCUCGAACUCUCUCAUGGCAGCAAUCAAGCGCUCACAAGCUAACCAAAGAAGGCACCCUGAUACUUUCCACAUCUAUCAACAACUUCAGCAACAGAAUACCUCCAACUUCUCCAUUUCCACUCUUAAAGUUGAGCUGAAGCAUUUUAUACUAUCGAUUUUGGAUGACCCGAUUGUGAGUCGGGUUUUCGGGGAAGCGGGUUUUCGGAGUUGUGAUAUAAAGCUCGCAAUUCUGAAUCCACCCGCCAUUUCUAGGUUUUCCAAGACGACGCGUUGCCCGCCUCUGUUUCUUUGUACUUUAACCGAUUCGGAGAACAACCGUGGGUUUAACUUCCCAUUUUCUGGCGUUCCCAAAACGGUGAAUAAUGAUGAGAAUUCUAGAAGAAUCGGGGAGAUUCUUGUGAAGAAAGAGUGUAGAAAUCCAUUGUUAAUCGGGAUUUGUGCAAGUGAUGCACUUUGCAGCUUCACUGAUUGUGUACAGAAGGGUAAAAGUGGUGUCUUGCCUGAUGAAAUUAAAGGGCUGAGUGUAAUUUGUGUUGAAAAGGAGAUUUCAGAGUUCAUAGGCGGAGGUGGGAGUGAAGAAAUGAUGAGCUUGAAGUUUAAGGAAGUAAGUGAUGCUGUGGAGUGUUGUACAGCGGCAGGUGCUGGGAUUAUAGUGAAUUAUGGGGAUCUGAAGGAGUUUGUUGAUGAUGAUGAAGAGUCACUGGAGUCGGUGAAAUACGUGGUUUCCAGGUUCACUAAAAUAGUGGAAGAUUAUAGCGGGAAAUUGUGGUUGGUUGGAGCAGCAGCAAGUUAUGACAUUUAUAUGAAGUUUUUGGGUCGGUUCCCCACAAUUCAAAAGGACUGGAAUUUACAUCUCCUGCCCAUUACUGCAUCAUCCACUCCAGGACUACCUUCCAAAUCCAGCUUGAUGAGGUCAUUUGUUCCGCUUGGCGGGUUCUUUCCCACAGCAUCCGAGUUUGAAAACUCGUGCAGAAACAAAAAUGAAUCUACAGCUCGAUGCAACCUUUGCAAUGAAAAGUAUGAGCAAGAAGUUUCCACUACGCUGAGAGGAACAACUGGUUCAGUCGCUGAUGAGCAUGCAACACAUUUAUCUUCUUGGUUACAAAAGGCUGAAUGUGGUCCAAGCAGGGGACUAGUUGGGGUAGAGGCCAAUGAAGACAACAGUUUAUUAAAUGCCAGACUGGUGGGAUUGCAAAAGAAGUGGAAUGAUAUAUGCCAGCGUCUUCAUCACAUACAUCCAUUUCAACCAGAUGCUCUUCAAGCCAGGUCACAUCUUCCCAGUUUUGGUAUCUUUCAGAGUUGUGCUGCUGCGGUUGAAAGCAGCAAUAAAGGUUCAUUGUUGGAUGCAAGAUUUACUAAUCAAAGUUGUAUAUUAUCAGACUUGCAAAACACCUCCAUGACCCAAAAGAACAUGUCAAAAUCAAUCGUUUCUGAAGGUGAAUCUGAUUCCCAAGCUGAACUACUGGCUCAGAGUUUGGAAACACAGCAGCUGAAGAAGCAAAAUAUCUGGACCCCUUCCCCUCAUGCUCCACAUGAUCUGAGCCUGCCCCUUGAUCAUACAUCAUCAGCUUCAAAUGCUUCCGUUAGCACGGACCUGGGGUUGGGAACCAUCUAUGUAUCCACUGAGAGAGAGCUGUGGAAACCCAGCUUUCAGGAGCACCAGGAUCGCCUUAAUUACUUUUCAGGAUCAGUUUCUUCUGCUUCUUCUGUUCCUCUGUUAGACAAUAAGUUGGAUGCAAAAGACUUUAAGAACCUCUAUAAAGCUCUUUCUGAACAUGUAUGUUGGCAAGAGGAAGCCAUUUAUGCCAUUAGUCAGACUGUCUCCCGUUGCAGAAGUGGAAAUGGAAGGCGUCAUGGCUCUAGCAAAGGAAAUAAUAUAUGGCUCAGCUUCCUUGGUCCUGACAAAGUGGGGAAGCAUAAAAUUGCCAAAGCUCUUGCUGAGAAAGUCUUUGGUUGCAGCGAUAGCUUGCUCUCUGUGGAUCUGAGCUCUAGUGAUGGGAGUAGCUACUCAAAUUCUCUCUUUAACCAUCAAGAUACAAGAAACGGUUACAUGAAUCUUAGGGGAAAGACAGUUGUCGACUACAUUGUUGAGGAGUUAAGCAAGAAGCGUUGCUCUCUUGUGCUUCUUGAAAACGUAGAAAAGGCUGAUUUUCUUGUUCAGAAUAGUUUGUCUCACUCUAUCAGAACUGGUAAAUUUUUGAACUUGCACGGGAAGGAAAUCAGCAUCAAUAACAUGAUUUUUGUGAUUACCUCAAAUUCGGCAAAAGUUACUAAAGAUUUCUUUUUGAGUCCUGAGUUUUCAGAAGAGAAUAUAUUAGCAGCCAAAAACUUGCAGAUGCAGAUAGCAAUUGGAUCUGGCAAUGUAAAUAGGAUUAGAGUGAAGGAUACGAAUUUGUGGAUUACUUCAGGGGACGGAACAUCAGAAUCUUUCCCUGCAUAUAAAAGAAAGCAGACUGACUCGAACAAUGGCAAGCUGUUUCAAAUGCCGAAACGUGUGUGCACCAUCCCGAAAUCUUCUCUUGAUUUGAAUUUGCCUGUGGAAGAGAUGGAAGAGGAGAAUCAACGUGAUGAGUGUGACCGUGACUCUGGCUCUGAAGGUUCAAAAGCAUGGUUGGAGGAAAUCUUGGAGCAAAUGGACGAUAAUGUGGUCUUCAAGCCAUUUGAUUUUGGUGCUCUGGCUGAGAAAAUUUUGAAGGAAGUCAACUUCAACCUCCAGGAGAUUGUUGGAGUGGAUAUCAAGCUGGAGAUCGACUCAGAAGUAAUGGUGCAGAUACUUGCCGCUGCUUGGUUAUCUGACAGAAAGGAAGCUGUCAAGGAUUGGGUUGACAAGGUUCUAUGCAGGAGCUUUAUGGAGGUCCGAAGCAGGUUCCAACAUAUUGCUGAUAGUUCCAUAAGAUUAGUUAACUGUCAAGGCAUUGCUGUAGAAGACCAGGCUCCCGGAAUUCACCUUCCAGCUAAAAUAACUGUAGACUGAUUUUUGGUCAGGUAUGUGUUCUAAUGUACAAAUGCCGUCAAUAGAAUUUUGCGUGUUUAAGUGCUCUUUGUGCAUAUAUUCCUGUAAUCUUGUUCAUCCGUCUCCAAUUGUGUAUUGUUGUAUCUUCUAGAAUUAGAUUAUUUCUCGUAAUCUUUGUACCCGGAAGCAUCCGUAUUUGUAUCCCAGACCCUUAAGUAAUUUGGUUUCUCCCAGUUGAAAACUUUGACUUUUUUCGUUUUUGGGAAAAGCUAGGUAUAUGUAUCAUCUAUGUAUGUUUGCUUACUGGAGCAUAAACAAAAAAUAAAAAUAAAAAUGAAAGGCAUUGCAAAGACUAA